CGCAAAAUAAACAGUUUUGAAGUGUACGGUUUGAGAACUUGAUUCAGAUGAUGAAUCCGUGCAAUUAAUUAUAAAAAACUGAAGAAGAAUUAAAUAGGUAGCGGUUGGGUGAGUUGUCGUCCGAAUAAGUUGGUCUUCAUCUCAAUAACUGCUGCCACAAUAUCUUAGGAAGUCAUAGUUUUAGCAUUUGAAUUUUUAGCUUUAAUGCUUUUCACCAAACUUUCGUGUCUCUCUUAUUGUUUCGUGUUUUCUGUGGCCUAGUGAUUUUGUUAAACUGGUUUAAAAAGAUCAAUCAAACCGUCUUUGUGUUAAAUCGGGACUGCUCUCCUGGCUGGUAUUUUAAAGGUCGUCUUUGGAUUUAAUAUUCGUUCUUCGCUAGCACGUUUGUCAUACUUUAUCCUCCAUAGUGGGCGACAAGUGUAAGAACCGCUGCUAUAAAAAUGAAACGGGGGAUAUUCCAAAAUCGAAUUGCUGAUGAGACAAUUGUACGCUAUGAUAAACGGCUAGAGCGAUUAAUCAUGCGGCUGCCUCAAACACAAUUAGUUGAAUUAUGCAAACAGUGGGUUCAACUGCAGUUCCACGCCUCAACAUUAAAUCGCGAAAUCGAUGAUGAAGAAGGAGCAGAAGAAUUUUAUUGGCAUGUUCCCAAGUCUGUAAGAAAACACACCAUGCUUCAUCGAAUUCGUCACCGAGACUUUCCCCAUGGUCUACGGCUGGAUCAAAUUGCUCAAUUAGAAAUGGAAUGUUUGUGCCGAGACAUGUUAGCAGUUCGGUGGACAGCCUCUCAAUUGCAGGCUGGUCCAAAUCCGGCUGUUUUAUUCUCAACAAAAGCUUUGUUGCAAACAUUGUAUGAAGAGAUUGACACCGUGUUUUCUUGGCAUGCAAUAGAAAGACGACACCCAACACUUCCUAUGACACUUGUUCGUCUGCAGUUACUUGAUACGCGGAAUCCGCAGGCUCUGUGUCGCCUCGCAAGCAAACGACAAGUCAUUUAUCUUGCUAUUUUGGAAUCAUCCGUCCAUUUAUUACACAGUCUGCUUACAGACGCCAGCGAUGUUGGGCACCGGUUGUUUCAGCAAUGCUUAAUCCGAGCGCUUCAGCGAUUCCACUCAGCAUACAGGAUACAAAAACUGUCUUUAACGGCCAAGUCGCUCGAAACGAUGUAUACUCUUCUCGGAGCCCAUCGACACGCCGGUGCCCUUGGAUCUUGGCGAGUGUAUGCAGACAACACUGUCGAUACGACUCCAUUGGACAAUCAACCGUCUGCGUUGGCGACUGCGAUAGCCUUAAAACGAAAGACGACCGCCGAGGAAAUUGCUGAUGUCCGAUUUGGAAAUACGAACGAUCGUCCGCUAGACCGGUUCCUCGUGGCCCUCGAAAACGACUGUAUUCCUGACAACGAACUCAACGUUGGAGAUAAGAUUCACAACGCUCCACUGGCGUUUCGACCUAAAAUCACUGUUCAGUUUCAAGGGCCGAACGUUUUUCAAGGUCUCAAAGAAUUAUCCUCCCAAGGCGUUCUUGACGUUCAACGGAUGCCGUCUUUCAUGACCGGCGAGGAUGGACGCUCCAUCAUCCGUGUCGUUAACGGAAACGUGCAAUGAAUUGUAAUGGCAUGAAGUACUCCCCUCACACGCACUCGAAGGUAACAAAAAAGAGCCGUUCAAGUCUCUGCAAGCUACACAGGACAACACUAGCUCA